UAUCUAUCAAGGUUGAAUAUAUGCCGGAGGAAAUGAGCCUUUCAGUGAAUGGUCAGUCUCGGGUGCCUCCGGGCUUCCGGUUUCACCCAACAGAAGAAGAGCUCCUUCAUUACUACCUGAGAAAGAAGGUCGCUUAUGAGAAGAUCGACUUGGACGUCAUUCGGGACGUCGACCUUAACAAGCUCGAGCCCUGGGAUAUUCAAGAAAAGUGCAAAAUAGGAUCCACUCCACAGAAUGAUUGGUACUUCUUCAGCCACAAAGACAAGAAGUACCCCACCGGAACCAGAACUAAUAGAGCAACGGCAGCCGGGUUCUGGAAAGCUACAGGACGUGAUAAGGUCAUUUACAGUAACUCUAAGCGUAUUGGAAUGCGGAAGACCCUCGUCUUCUAUAAAGGUCGAGCCCCACACGGCCAGAAAUCCGAUUGGAUCAUGCAUGAGUACAGGCUUGAUGAUAACCUAACAACCUCCUCCUCCUCGUCUGAUCCUAACGCAUCAAAUUCGAUGGGGGGAGAAGCGGCACAGGAAGAGGGGUGGGUGGUUUGCCGUGUGUUCAAGAAGAAGAACCAUCAUAAGGCUAUAGACAGCCCCAAAAGCUCUGCCAUCACCAUUGAAGCAAAGGCGGCCCACAUGUUAAACCCAAGCAAUGAUGGCGCCUUGGACCAGAUUCUUCAGUACAUGGGAAGGAGUUGUAAGCAGGAGAAUGAUUUCACAAGCCCCCUGAAUAUUAAUAAUAAUGGUCUCAACAACAUCCACACCAUCACAGGCACCACCAACACCACCACCAACAACAACCACAGCAACAACCACCACAGCAACUUGAGGUUUCUCAGACCGAUCGAGAUAGCCAUCAACAAUGGACUCCACGAGAGAUUCAUGCAACUUCCAGCACUGGAGAGUCCAACGCUUACUUCACUACCAAACGAUCGGAGUCAGGACUGUGGAGGCCAAGCUUGUUAUCCACCGCUCGAUGAAGGACAGGUGUUGUCCGAUGCCGACCUUGGAGGAGGCACGGGGCAUCUCAACCCGGUCUACCACUCGGAACCAGGACUGAGUGACUGGGCAGCCCUGGAUCGGCUGGUUGCCUCCCACCUGAAUGGCCAAGCAGAGACUUGCAACCACCUGGCCUGCUUUAACGAACCCACCAUGGCCUUCUCUUCACCCGCAGGUCCACUUCCUCAUGCUGAAGAUGAUGAUGAUGAUGAUGAUGAUGAUCAAGAUGAUCAUCACCUACCAUUGCCAUUGCCAUUGCCACUGCCACAGCUUCGCUCCUCCACUUCCAACUUCAUCAACAGAUCAUAUCAUAACACCCACGACUACAAUAGCGAAAUCGAUCUAUGGAACUUCACCAGAUCAUCGUCAUCCUCAUCCGACCCACUGUGCCACGUGUCCAAUGCUUCUUUAUAGCCAAAUAUCCCUCCC